UUAGGCUGUCUGUGCAGGGACACAUUCACCUUGCACUGUAACAGAGAUAUCAACAGGCAAAAGAACUAUAGAACUCCUGCAAACAUAAUUUGAAAUGGUUAAUUACCAUUAAAUAAUAAUUAACAUUAUAUCAUAUAAUAACAUUCAAAACAUUGAGGUUUCUGUAGUGUUCAGAAGAGAGAUUUUUUUUUUCUUCAUUUUUUGCCAUAUUAAAAAUACAGACAUGGCGUUUAUGCUGAAAACUAUGAUGGGAUCUUCUAUGAAGAAUCUGGGAAAUAACCUUGGGGGAGAAACGGAGACAAAAGAAAAUCCAGAUGGCAAAGAGACGGCAGAGUCGAAGGGUAUGACAAGAGAAGAGUUUGAGGAAUAUCAAAGACAGCUGGUGGAAGAGAAGAUAGAACGGGACCAUGUCUUUGCACAGAAGAAAGCAGAGAGGGCAACAGUCAGAAUGCAUAUGAGAGACAAGUACAGACUGCCACAGAGUGAGAAGGAUGAUGCCCAGUUGCAGAUGGCAGGGGGAGAUGUGGAGCUUCCAGAAGAUCUUGCGAAGAUGGUGCAGGAGGAUGAAGAGGAGGAAGAAGAACAGGGCUUUUUACAUUCCAUGCUGCCUGACUUUGAUAUGAAUGUGCUGAAGACAAGGGCUCAAGGAACCAUUACAGAAGUGAAAAAAGUAGCUGAGGAAAAAUGUGAGAUAAUGUGACAAAUUAUGAGAAUGGAUAAUCAGGCUGAAAUAAAUAAAGCUGCAAAUGCUCUUUAGCAAUAUUCAAUUAUGUGUAUUAUGAUUUAAUAAACUUUUAUUCUCACUGAA